AUGUCACAGAAGAUAACAGAAUAACUGGCGUCCUUAAUAUGUUUUGGUCUCGGCGCCACCAACCAAGCUAGUUUAGCAUUUAGCUUCAGUUGACAAGUAUCGCUGCUGCAGCCUACAAGACGUGAAGGAAAGAGGAGCUUAUUCCAGGCAUUUUAAUCACUUUUGAUGUGUUGGAUCCAGAAGAUCUUGGCUUGCCAACUUUUCCACGACUAACAACAUGGUCAACGUACUUAAAGGGGUUCUUGUUGAAUGUGAUCCUGCGAUGAAACAAUUCCUACUUUACCUGGAUGAGACCUCUGCCCUGGGCAAAAAAUUCAUUAUCCAGGACCUUGAUGACACGCAUGUCUUCAUUCUGGCAGAGGUGGUUCAGAUUCUCCAGGAGAGAGUUGGCGAGUUAAUGGACAUGAAUUCAUUUCCCAUUACCCAGAAAUAAAAGUUCCUCAAAUGA